CUACCUUGCAUCUGCGGUAUAAAAGCAACCUCCGUUGCCGCGCGCUCAGUUUCAUUCUGGAAUAACCGAUUGUGAAGCACCGCUCUCAACAUGAAGUUUUACAUAACAAUAUUAGCCGUGUUAUUUCUGGCGGACGUGAUCUUAGCAUAUCCGCAGAAAGACGGGCAAAUAUUCAGCAAUGAAGCGAUACGACAGGCUCAGAAUACCUAUCUCAUUCCUAAAGACGCGACUAUACAGAAGGUCCAAGAAGGCAUCGAAUUGGCCGCUUACGAAUCGAUCCCCGGCGAUCAGAGAAUCAAUCUCUUCGAGAUCUUGGGCGAACAUGUGCCACCCGAAGUGGUGAACAAUCUUCAGACCCAGAUUGAUCAAAUAGGGCGAAAUUAGAUUCGUACAAUCAUCGUCAUCAUCAUCGUCGUCGUGUAAAAAAAUAAUCAUACUCUGUCUCCUAUCCUUUGUACUUGUAGAAAUAUUUAUAAAUGUACAAUCCCGUUUUUGUACCUUGCUUUUGUAUCUCGUAAAAUUUUUUUUCGAUAUGUAAGGCCUUUUACUUUUCGUAAAUAAAUAUAUGAGGAAAACAACUCUUAAGAGUUUGUGCGCAUCACCUACUUACGAUUAUGUGAAUUCAUGAAUAAAGAACAGCUUAUUGAUAAUGUAUUAACAAUGUGUGCGUAGAAAAAUAUAAAAUGCUAAAAUGUAUUUUAUAGCAAAAUAUGAUUUGCGUACUUGCUCUUAACAAUUUCAUUACUGUAUUAAUAGCCUCGAAAUUAUAUUUUGCAUUGAAAUUGACAUAUAUGGAAAUGCGCAGUAUUUUAUGUCUUCACUAAAAUAAACACAUUCUUGUAAAGAUUACUUAGUUUGAAUUAUGUAUAGCUACACACUAGCGAUGUAUAUCGUAGAGAAAGUUGCAGUGCUCGUUAAAGAAGCAUACUUUCACUUCUUCUAUUCAUCAUGUUACUGAACAACUCUUCUGUUCUGCCGUUUACUACACGUGUCACGGAAAUUUGUAUUUAAUCAAGGCACGACGAGAUUACGAGAUCAUUUUUCAUUUUUCUGUUCUCUGCUAAUUUUAUUGUCUCUUAUAAUACAUAUCCAUACUGAACGAAAAGUCUUGAUUUAUAUUUAUAUAUUUUUUUUCACUUUCACUUUCUUUCAUUUAUACAGCCGUUCGUGCGUGUAAAUGAGGUAAAUCUAUCAGAGAAGUCGUUAUAUAACAAUGUAACGUUAUAUAACAUUAUAACAAUAUACAGCUGGAUCACCUUACUGUGUUACAAAAGUUUAAUAAAAAUAUAGUUACCUUAUAGAGA